CUCUAGUGUCGGGUUUUCAGAGGUUGCCUGAGCUUAUGAGGAAUUGAAAUUUAAUAUUUGCAGGGACAGAACGUGUGGAUGGUAGUGAGUUAUGGGAUUGCACUAAUUUAAGGUGGUGCAUUUGUAGCAAGAUAAAUGGCGCUGUGAAACUGAGUCCUUUUCAAUUCCAGAUUGGGAUGAAGAAUGAAUCGAGAAUAAAUUUGCGAACAAAGGCAACAAAACUUAAAGGCUGAUUAUUCAAUUUUCGAGUUUCUGACGAAAUUGGGUUUAGCGUACAAUGAAGGAAUUGUUAAAGAGCGGAUAGCCUGGCAAAAAUCAAAACAGAAAUGAGGAGCAAGACGGCAAGUUCUGUGACAAUGGACACAAUUGAUGAAUUUUGCGUGAGUCUGAUAUGAGUACAGCCGGAUAAGAGACAGAUGCGAACAUGGACUUCUCUAUAAAGUAGACGGGAGUUAGCAGCGGAAGUUUCGACAUACGGCGCAGGAAAUUCAGAAAUGGACAUGUUUCGGUAACAGAUGGCCAUGGCUUGAGGGUCCUCGAUAUUUUAAUGCAAAGCUCGUCUCAAAAGCUCCGAUAUAGAUAGAUGACCUUAUUUCCUGUCCAAAUUAAAUUUGGUUUCUCGUCUUUAUGUAGACGAUUUACCUUUUUGUUCRCUUAAUUGAAACUUAAUUAUGUGAUGUGAAAAUGAAGUGCUCCACGAAAGACUCCCGACAGCAUGUUCCUCGUUAGAGGUGUCUUCAAUGGAAAAUCCGACGCACAAAUUAAGCCCCUCAAAACCCACCCUAAAGAUCAAAUCCUGCAGUAACCCGGCGAAGGGAUAAUGAGGCAGCAGCAGCGUAAAUGCCGUGACCGUCAUCGGUGGUGACGUCAUGCGUGUGCAACUAACGCUUCUUUCGAGACAGUUGAGUUCUGUUUCCGCGUUUUUCUGUGCCAUGUGGGUGAUAGUGGUAGUGAUUCUUGUGGAGGACUCGGGCGCCCGCGCUUCGCUCUUGGUACACAAGUACAGCACGAGGGUGGUGCGGACUAAAUAUGGGCCCCUGAGGGGCGUCAUGAUUCACAUCAAUCCACCCGUCGAGGCGUUCCUCGGGGUUCCCUACGCGACGCCUCCCGUCGGCAGUCUUAGGUAUAUGCCACCAGUAACGCCUUCGAUAUGGAAAAACACGCGUCUUGCGGAUCGCUUUGGUGCUGUGUGUCCGCAGCGACCGCCGGAUAUAGGAAACAGGUCAGAAGCCCUGCUCGAAUUCCCCAGAGGAAGACUGCUGUWUUUGGAGAAACUCCUGCCUCUACUUGCCAAUGAAAGCGAAGACUGCCUCUAUCUCAACCUCUACGUGCCCAGAACCGCCACUGGCGAAGAGGAAACCAAUCCGUUGCCUUGUGUAGUUUACGUACAUGGUGAAAGCUACGAGUGGAACUCGGGCAAUCCUUACGACGGAACUGUACUCGCCUCCACGGGGAGGGUCAUCGUCGUCACCAUCAACUUCAGAUUAGGAGUGCUAGGUUUUCUUAAGACGGGUACUAAAGGUAGUGCCCAAGGGAAUUUCGGUCUAAUGGAUCUUGUAGCAGGGUUGCACUGGCUUAGGGAAAAUCUACCAACCUUCGGAGGUGAUCCCGAGAGGGUGACUCUGAUGGGUCACGGCACCGGUGCCGCCCUCGUCAACUUUAUAGCUGUGUCUCCUGUAGCAAAAGAGCUUUUACAUCGAGUCAUCUUGUUAAGUGGCUCGGGACUCAGUCCCUGGGCGCUCCAGAGRGAUCCGCUUUCGGUCAAACGCAGUGUUGCUGAACAUACUAACUGUCAUGGAGACCUACACGAGGACGAUCUAGCACCCUGUCUUAGGAAGAAACCCUUAGACGAGCUUCUCAAAGUUAGGAUAGACUCGCCUAGGUUUCUCCCGGGUUUCGCCCCGUUCAUCGACGGCACGAUCCUGCUGAACCCCACUAGCGCUCCUCCGACCGGUAGCACAUCGACAGUGGCGACAUCUGCCGGAUACGAACUGGCUGAUUUUCCGGAGCGCGACCUUUUGUUUGGUUUAACGAGUACGGAAUCGUAUCUGGAUUUGAACGCGCAAGAUCUCGAGUUCGGGUUUAACGAAACGAGGCGUGAUAGAAUCUUAAGGACAUACGUGAGGAACUCUUAUUAUUACCACUUGAACGAGAUAUUUUCGACCCUCAAGAACGAGUACACCGACUGGGAGCGACCUACUCAGAAUCCGCUCAGUGUGAGGGACGCCACCCUUGAUGUCCUCAGCGACGGACACACGGCGGCUCCCCUCAUCAGGGUGGGCUAUCUGCAUUCGAUGCGGGGCGGAAAGACGUUUUUUCUGCACUUCCAGCAUCAGACCGGAGACAGGGAUUUUCCGAUGAGAGCCGGCAGCGUACGAGGCGAGGAUCUUCCCUAUAUUCUCGGCCUUCCUUUGAUUGGCGGAGGAUCAUUUUUUCCACACAACUACAGCCACAGCGAUGUAACAGUUUCGAAAACUCUCAUCCAUUACAUCAGCAAUUUUGCCAGGAAGGGGGAUCCAAAUGGCGCCGUUCCAAAUGCAUCAGCGUCAGAAGCCAAGAACUCACAAAAAGGACAUGAAGAAAUCAACACGCCUUACUGGGACACGUAUGAUACCAUCAACCAACUUUACUUGGAAUUAGGAAACCGUCCGGAGAUGAGAAAUCAUUACCGAGGACAUAAAAUGUCACUCUGGUUGAAUCUCAUACCCCAACUACACAGACCUGGAGAAGGAGACGAUGUUUCAAUGAGGCAUCAUCAUUUCCAAGAAGAAGAUGAGCAGUAUUAUGACGGUUCCGUCCGUCCCCAAACCAAAGAGAAGCCCCCGUUAGUGCAUGUGAUAGCCCCGCCGCCCCCUGCAACAACCGUGCGUGUUCCUCCAGCCACAACAUCACUUCCACCGCCGCCUCCAAAGUCCGACACCGCCCUUCAAGCCACGACGACCGAAUGCCCCCCUAAUAACACCAUUAUCGUCCCAAGCGUAAGCAAGAACAACAACUUGCUCAGGAAACUAGCGUCCAGUCACUACCAAAGUUACACAACAGCCCUCACCGUAACAAUAGCAGUGGGUUGUUUCCUCCUCUUAUUGAACAUCGUGAUAUUCGCUGGCAUCUACCACCAGCGCGACCGCAGUAAGAGCAAAAACAAAAAGAAAGAGGAGCUCGCGGAAGCCGGAAGUUGCAGUAGUUCUUCCGGAGAGAACUACGACAAGGCCUUCGAAUCCCGACAGAUUUCAUACGAGUGCGGCGGCAAAUUGCCCUAUGAGAUCUCCAGGGGGAAUUUCACGUCUUCGUACGGAGAGUUCAGCUGCGACAAGCGCUUAGAAAUGCAGAUGACGGAAUUACCGCUUCAAGAGUUCAAUUCAUCGCCACCACCGGCCAAGAGGAUAGAGAGCUACCCGCCAGAUGUCACGUCUACGAACCAAGAGAAGCCCCCGGUGACCAGUCCAGGUAUUCCGGAGCCGCCGCCGCCUCCCAAAGGCCAACCCCCGGYCGCGUGCAAUCAGACCGGUAUUCUAAGGACGCAAGGAGCACCUACUACGCCAGGAACUAUGAAAAAACGCGUCCAAAUACAGGAAAUUUCUGUUUGAGUGUCAGUUUUCUGUUGUGAACUAAUCAAAAUAUUACAACUGAAAAUCAAAAUCAUAUCGGACUGAACUUGAUUUUUAAUAUAGUAAUCGCACUGUGAUUGUCAUAAAUUUAUUGUCAUGAGCUAAGACGGUGACGAUUUUAUUGGUUGAGUUUUUGGAAGGCCGUUUUUUGUUACCUUCGAAUCUGUUGACAUACGUAGCAUAGACAAAGGGCCAAUCUGCUGUUUAAUGUUGGAGCUAUUCAUUGAGCCGCUUUAUGAAUAAAGAAGCUUAUCAACAAAGGCCACAAACUAAAAAAAAUAUUUGAAAAUUAUUAACAUUUUAAUAUAAAUAAAGAAGUAAGAAAAUAAAUGAACUAUGGCUGCGCUUUGUUGAAAUUGUAGUUGAAUCACUAGUUUCAAAAACAUAUAGAACUCACAUAGAAUAAAAAUGGAUUUGGGGUGUUUCUGAAAUCAGUGCUUCAGUUAGAUUUAUUUAUAAUUCCUCUUACUGUGAUUACCAUAGCAAAAAUUUUAAACCAAUCUACAAUUUCAUUAGAACGCAGGUUAAAUUGGUUUAAUAUGUAUACACUUAUAUUUUUAAACAAACUGAAUUUAAAACCAGCACACUUAGUAUAACAUACAUCUUUAAAUAAAAUAUAUAAAAACAUAUAAAUCUAAACAAAUAUUUAACAAAAUGGAAUGAAAAUAAGACACGUAAAUUGAUUUAUUGUACAAUUUUUUUAUUUAAUGUUCUUUUGCUUUUUCAAAAGACGACCAUUUAUAUUGUUUAAUUUUUACAAUUUUUUUAGACUUUGAGAUACUAAUAUGUAGUAAUAAAUGAGAUUACUGACAAAUUAUUGCUCUUGACUGAAACUUGUUUACUGAGUGCUAAACUUUACUAAAAUUUGUUAAUCGAAAACGAAGAAGCUUUGCUGCUUUCUUUAUAAAUAUUUAAAUUUCAUUACGGUCGGUCUGAAUAAAUUUCAACUUAAUCUGGUUUUAUAAAGGGUCUAUAAUCCACGAAAGAAUUGUUCUUAGUGUAAAUUAUACUAAUCAACUGUAUAACAGCAAACAAAAUUAAUCUUUCUUUUGGCACAAUUUAUUACCCCGUAUCUGAUUUUAAAAGAGUAAUUUUAGUUGAAACAAUUAAAAUGGCAUGUUAUUAUUUGACGACGGAACACCAAUCAUACGAUUCUAGUAAAAAAUGAUUACCAUUUUAAUCGCCACUUUUUUAUGUAUGCAGUCGCAUCCACUAAAAUCCAUUUAGCGCGUCUGCAAUUUUUGUCUAUAAGCAAUUCCACACAUUUUUCCAUAAUGUAAUGCAAAAGUAUACGACCAGUGCGGACCAAAACUGCAUCAAUAAAACCAUUUAUUUGAAAAGCGGCGUCAAAAUAUAUUUUAUAUCAAGAUUGGCAUGCGACUAUGCUAUCUGUGUUUGGCGUAUUUGUGUUCUGCCGGUCUUCCACAACCAGAGUUUAUAUUAAAAAUUUGGGAAUUGAGUUACGUACCCUAAAAUAAUUUUAGCUUGCAUUAUGAAACAAUAAGCCAAGUGUAACAAAGGAAUUUGUUUAAUUUUAUGAUAAAAUAUUAUAAUAGCACAGUGGUGCUACUUGUAAAUUUCUAUAAAUAAACAAAGUGCUGAAUCAAAAUGUAUUGCUUCUUUUAUAUCGUUGAUAACUGCGAAUGCAAGUUUAGACAAUCAGUUGCUGUUUUUGUUUAGGUUUUCAGUUAUCAAUGAUGUAAUCCAGGGACUGAUCCGACCGAUUUUAUCGCAUUCCUUUGUUGUAAAUAUGCGAUUUUUCUACUACCACAUGAUUUUGAAAUCACAGUUUUUUUUCUAAUCGCAUAUUUAUAUCGCUCGGUUCGGAGAUAUGAGUGACUCCACAUUUUGAUGAGAUGAAAGCGAUUCCUUUAAAUUUUAUAUCAUUAAAGGAUACGGUGUUUACUGUACAAGAAUACAUCCUUUAUCGAUGUGACAUCUGAAUUGUUUAAAUAAUAAAUGCGAUUA